AUGGUUUCGGGUCGAGGUUACAUUGUGAAAUGGGCUCCGCAGAAAGAAGUACUAGCUCAUCAGGCAGUAGGAGGGUUUUGGAGUCAUUGUGGAUGGAACUCGACACUAGAGAGCCUCGGGGAAGGAGUUCCAAUGAUUUGUAGGCCGUUUUCGACUGAUCAAAAGGUGAACGCGAGCUACUUGGAUUGUGUUUGGAGAGCUGGGAUUCAAGUGGAAGGUGAGCUAGGAAGAGAAGUGGUGGAGAGAGCUGUGAGGAAGUUACUGAUCGGUGAAGAAGCUGAGGAGAUGAGGAAGAGAGCCAUCAUUUUGAAGGAGAAACUGAGAGCCUCUGUUACGAAUGGAGGUUCUUCACACAACUCGCUAGAGGAGUUUGUAAACUUCUUGAGGACUUUACCAUAUCUGCCAAUGAACACACUAGGUUAA